AUGGAUAUUGAUCUCCUCUGGGCUAUUGGGGGGUGGCUAAUUCUUCUUCUUCCAGCUAAUUGCAUGGCAACGCUCAAAUCUUCUUCUUCAUCGUCAUCACUCUUCCAAACCCCAACAGCCAAACCUCACCCUUUCCUCCUCUUCCUCGGCCUCCUCUUCGUCCUCCUCGUCCUCGUCCACUCUGCAGAUCCUCUGAAGCCCUCCAUGGCCGCCGCCGGCCCCGUCCCGUCCGCUAGCUCCCCCAUGAACUUGCACCGCAAGAACAGCCACAAGUCACACACUUCGUCGUCGUCGUCAACUACUAGUACUCCUCCUUCGGCUCGCUGGAAGUUUGAAGCCGGCGCCCACGAAGUUCCGAGCGGCCCCAACCCCAUAUCCAACCGCUUAGCUGUUUGGGAGAAGGAAUUAAAAGGCAGUGGUGGUGUCAGAUCUGAGCUUUGCUUUGCUUUGCUUUGGGUAUGA